AUGACUGAAGAGCAGAAAACGAAUGUAGACAAAAUAAACAGCAUUCAAAACAUUGAUGUUAACAAUCCUGACUUUUACGAAAAUGUUCAAUGUGAAAUUGAAUCGGAUUUAGCUCGUCUGAAAAAAAAUGUUGAAGUUGUAUUGAACUUGCGUUUAGCCGCAGCAGAGGUGGAAGUAGAGACUGCUGCUUUGUACCACGCUGAACUGUUUUACGAUCUCCUAGAUAUCCAGAACGAAUCUGAGGAAGAAUCUGAAGAAGAAGACAAAACUGAGAAUGGCAAAGACAACAAUACAGACGACGAACCUUUUUAA